UUGGACCAUUUUAUUUUUAUCCUGUUCGAGUGCGAGUGCGAAUCAAAAUAUCAUGCCUUUGAAUUUACUCAACCAUAAUGAAAUGAAAGCCAUACAAUUUUAUCCAGCUAAAUAAAUGCCUAAAAUAUAAGAAAAAUUUGGGUUUCCUGCUAAAUCAUUCGUUUCCGUGUAAUCUGUGCGACCUCCUCUUUCAAUCAAAAUGUUCGUCAUUCAAUCUUGCCGUACAAGACUUUAUGACUUUUGGAUGCUUAAACCCUGUACUUUUCAAGGCUUGAGGUGGAGAUAGAAGCUAAUGGCUGAAGUCCCAAGGAAGAAAAGGAAUCACCUUGUUGUUGACGCACAUGAGGUUGAAUUUGGAACUUUUGUCAUUUUUGGAAUCAAUUGGAGUGUAUUAGAACUUAAAAGGACUUUCUCCAAGGAAUUUGGGGAACUGCUUUUUGUGAUUUAGGGAGUAUCUAUAUUUUGUGCCUUAAUGGUAUUUGUACGAGGAUCCAGGUAAUCAAUUGCUGAGUAUUUGGAUUUAAUUUUGGAGUUGAUUUUGUUGUCGUCAUCCCUGGUAAAUCUAGUUUGAUGAAGCUUUGAAGAAAACAGUACAUGAAAGAAGGUUUUAUUUAGUGAAUUAGGUUCUGUUGAGUGAUUACAGAAAGAUGCAAAGAGUGCGUGUUUCAUCACACCAGGCUCCGGUUUUGAAGCUGGGGGACUCCCAAAUGACCUUAUCCCCAAAAUUUAGGUUAGCCGCGACGCAGUCCACCCUGCUAGAUCCUGCACUAGAAUUUGAACUAUCUGUUAGGGGAGAGCCUUUGGUUCCGGGACUUCCUGAUGAUGUUGCUCUAUUGUGCCUCCUCCGUGUUCCAGUUGAUCAACAUGCAGUCUGCAAGGCUGUCUGCAAACGUUGGUAUUCAUUGUUUGGCAGCAAAGAGCAAUUUUUUACCCUGAGGAAGGAGCUUGGGUUCCAUGAUCCUUGGCUUUUUGUCUUUGCGUAUCACAAAUGCACUGGGAAAAUUGAGUGGAAGGUUCUUGACCUUAACCACUUCUCUUGGCAUACAAUUCCUGCUAUGCCUUGUAAGGACAAGGUCUGCCCUCAAGGUUUCAGGUGUGUUUCCAUCCCGCAUGAGGGCGCCCUCUUUGUUUGUGGAGGUGUGAUUUCUGAUGUGGAUUGUCCGCUUAAUCUAGUAUUGAAGUAUGAAGCUCGUAAGAAUCGUUGGACUGUGAUGAAAAAGAUGAUCACUGCAAGGUCUUUUUUUGCAAGUGGGGUUAUUGAUGGUAUGAUAUAUGUUGCUGGAGGAAACAGCGCAGAUCUAUUUGAGCUUAAUUCAGCUGAAGUAUUGGAUCCUAAGAAAGGGACGUGGCAACCUGUUGCUAGCAUGGGGACCAACAUGGCCUCAUAUGAUGCAGCAGUUCUUAAUGGGAAGCUUCUUGUAACAGAAGGCUGGUUUUGGCCCUUCUAUGUGGUGCCCAGAGGACAAAUUUAUGAUCCAUUAACCGAUAAUUGGGAGAAUAUGGCUGCUGGACUGCGAGAAGGCUGGACCGGUUCAAGUGUUGUUAUACAUGGGCACUUGUUUGUAGUUACAGAGCAUGAAAGGACAAAAUUGAAGGUCUAUGACUCAGAGAACGAUUCUUGGGAUGUCGUAGAAGGACCUCCGUUACCAGAGCAGAUAUGCAAGCCUUUUCGUGUCAACUGCUGGGCAUGCAAGAUCUAUGUUGUUGGCCGAAACCUUCAUGUUGCCAUAGGCCAUAUCAUGAAGCUGUAUCCAAGUGUACCUUGUGAAAAGAAAUGCAGAUUUUCUGUUCAGUGGCAAAUGGUGGAUGCACCUGGGACCCUAUUUGACUUGACUCCGUCAAGUGCACAGGCAGAAAAACUUCAGCUGGGGCGAUGGACUGUAAUCUGUCCGUUUGGAAUUCAAUGGUAACCAAAGAUUACAACUUAGUUUGGGUGAGCCAUCGUUCUGCUUGGAAUUCUAUGGGCACCAAAGAUUUCAGCCUUGCUUUUCUUUUUACUGAUGAACUAGUGAGUCUGUGAUUACAAGAUAAACCUUAUUUUCUUCGACUUCAAAGUCUGUGAUGUCUGCCCAUUCUGUUGAAUUUCAGUAGUCGUAUUGUUAACUUGCAAUUUCAGUGUUUGUGAUGCUGGAAAUCUUGGAUGAUGCUUCAACUAUGCAUAACCACAAUUU